AACCAUGAAACAUUGCCUCGAAGGAAUCGGUUCCUCAUGGAGAUGGGGAAUUGUAGACGGCUUCAAUUGCGGGAAAACGCUUCCCGACAAUUCAUGGAGUCCGUGCGGAACUGGGUUAAAUUGAGCUGAACUCCGUGCGUGUCUUCUGCAGCGUCUGGAAGUCUUUCACUGAGACGGCUUUUUGGUUGUUUGGUUUUUUCUCUUAUAUCUUCAGAGGUUAUUCGAGGAUGUGUACUUGCAGGUGCGGUCGGUGUGGGUGUUCAUGUGCCAAACAGCGAAGUUGAAAGAUGGCAGUCCUUUCAGGUCGAAUGAUCGGGUGGAUAGUGCUCUGGUAGUGUUUGGGUUAUGGUUACAAUGGUUGUGGAGGUUAUUCAUGUAGGUUGGUUGAUUGGACGGUGGUGUUGAUGAGGGUGGUGAAGCACGCAAGAGAUUAUUGUCCUUGCUAAUAAGCCGACCAGGCUGUGGAAGAGAAAAUGAAGAGGAUGGAGGAAACUGUGGAGUUCGGAGUAUUGUGUAGCAUGUUUGAGGCCAUCGUUAGGUGUAAGAAGGGAGCUCUGAAGCGGAAACAUGUGCGGACGUUUUUGGAGCAUGUUUACAAUGGCCAAGAGCAUUUUAGCGCUAUGCGUUUGAUUCUUCCCGACUUGGAUAAAGAGCGUGCCAACUAUGGACUCCGCGAGGCUGUGUUGGCCAAAUUCUUAGCCGAUGCUCUGGGGCUGUCUAAAGAAUCUGAGGACGCUAAGAAACUUAUCAAUUGGCGUAAAGGAGGCCAAAGAGCCGGCAGCAAUGCCGGCAAUUUCUCUAUGGUUGCGUCUGAGGUGCUCUGCAGGAGGCAGAAAACAGCACCUGGUGGUCUAAUGAUUAAAGAGGUCAAUGAUCUUCUCGAUCGCUUAGCGGCAGCACAAGACAAGGAAGAGAAAACAGCUGUGCUAGCUGAGCUCAUCAACAAGACAAAUGCUCAGGAAAUGAGGUGGAUUAUUAUGAUUAUUCUGAAAGAUUUGAAACUCGGGAUUAGUGAGAAGACAGUUUUCAGCGAGUUUCAUCCCGACGCGGAAGAUUAUUUCAAUGUCACAUGCGAUCUGAAGUUGGUUUGUGAAAAGCUUCGUGAUCGCAGCAUACGUUACAAGCGCCAGGAUAUCGAAGUGGGGAAGGCAGUGCGACCACAAUUAGCCGCAAGGGCUGCCAAUGUCGAAGAUGCCUGGAAGAAGAUGCGAGGCAAAGACGUUGUGGUAGAAUGCAAGUUUGAUGGAGACCGUAUUCAAGUGCACAAAAAUGGAAAUAAUCUGAACUUCUGGUCAAGGACGUUUAAUGACCAUCCAGAGUUCAAGGAGGCUAUUGGUGACGUAUUGUGUCAACGUAUCAUUCCCGAGAAGUGUAUACUUGACGGAGAGAUGUUGGUUUGGGAUCGAGUGUCGCAAAGAUUUGCUGAGUUUGGCUCUAAUCGUGGAGUUGCAAAGGCUGCUAAGGAUGGCUUGGAUUCUGAUCUUCAGAUUUGUUAUGUUGCAUUCGAUAUUCUGUAUGAUGGUGACAGCAGUGUUAUCCAUCGUCCGUUGCGUGAACGGCAACGGCUCCUUCAGAACGCUAUUCGUCCUCUCAGUGGCCGUCUGGAGGUUCUUAUACCUGCAGCCGGAGGGCUUAAUGCAAAGCAUGCUGUUGGAGAUCCGAGGUGGUCAAUCUUGGCCACAAGUCCCGAGGAGGUGGAACAGUUUUUUCAAGAGACGAUCGACAAUAGGGAGGAAGGGGUUGUGUUAAAAGACCUAGAUUCCAAAUGGGAGCCCAGUGAUCGUAGUGGAAAAUGGCUUAAACUCAAGCCUGAUUACGUUCACUCUGAAUCUGACCUUGAUGCGCUGAUAAUAGGUGGUUAUUUUGGAACUGGACGGCGUGGUGGUGAGGUUGCUCAAUUUUUAUUGGGAUUGGCUGAGCCGUCAGAAGUGGGUGGCUACCCUACAAAAUUUCGUUCCUUCUGCAGAGUGGGUACAGGCCUCACUGAUGAUGAGGCUGAGCAGUUAGUGCACAAGCUCAAACCCCACUUCAGGAGGAAUCAUAAAAGCACCAAACCACCGAGCUGUUAUGUGCUGACUAACUCAUCCAAAGAGCGGCCUGAUGUCUGGAUUGAACGACCUGAAAAGUCCGUAAUACUUCAAAUCACAAGUGAUAUCCGAACCAUACGCUCUGAGGUAUUUGCAACGCCGUAUAGUCUACGGUUUCCUCGAAUCCAAAGAAUUCGAUAUGAUAAACCUUGGUAUGACUGCCUCGAUGUUCAGACAUUAGUAGAUACGGUACAUGCAAAGAGCCAGAACGAUGGUCAAGCGGAAGGUGGGAAUCAAUUCAAAUAUCGAGCAAGACGGGCCAAACAGGAAAAGCCUGAACGAGCAUCAUUGGUCCCCUCCCACAUGUUGGUAACAGACGUAUCGCAUGUAAAGCAAGCCACUCGCAUCUUCAAGGGCCUUGUCUUCUACGUUGCCAACACUUCCAGUGAGUACCCAGUUGAGAAAAUUCACAAAUUGGUUGUAGAGAAUGGAGGCACCUUCUCUAUGAACUUGAGCAGUACUGUUACUCACGCGGUCGCAUUCGAAAAGAAAGGACUCAAGUAUCAGGCAUCUUUUAUGAAUGGGGAUGUCAUUCAUCUAUCAUGGCUUUUAGACUGCAUGGCUCAGAAAGUACUCCUUGUAGUAAGCCCCAAGUAUUACUUGAAUAUGUCAGAUGCCACAAAGGAAAGACUGAAAGGUGAAGUUGACGAAUUUGGAGAUUUUUACUGCAACGAAGUUGAUGAAACUGACCUUACACAGAUCUUCGAAAACAUAGAUGUGAACAAGCAGUACCACGACAUUGACAGAGUGAAUUACUACAUCAAGAAAUAUUCCCCAUCUCCAACUUGGUGCCUUUUCUCCGGCUGCUGCGUCUUCUUUCUCCGUCCUCUUCACUCCGCGAAUGAAAAUACUCUACAGGUGGCAAACCUAACAUUGAGAAGACUUGCACUCGAGGUGGAGAUGCACGAAGGCACCGUUUCUGACAAAUUGACGCGUAGCAUCACACACGUUGUGAUGUAUGUACCUACGGAAAGUCCCGUAUCGUUCCAGAUUAUAUUACGAAGUGCGUCAUCGGAGGAAAGAAGGCUGCUAUUAUCGAAGCGGGUCAAAGUUGUAAGCCAUCGCUGGAUAGAGGAUUCUGUUAACAGAAGUAUCUACCGUCACCCCGCAGACGAAGAGUAUGAUCUCAGCAGGACUGGAGAAGUGCUUUUGUCCGAUGAGGAAGAAGAAGAGCUGGUGUCAAAAACUUCAGUCCCCAUAAAGGCUGACUCGAUGGUACCCAUCACCCCAGACAAGAGGGUUGUACCUAGAUCUCUUCGAAAACCAGCUACGCGGAGACGAGCCCUGAACCUUGGAAGGCCUAGUAGAAGAUCCAAAGGAACAGAGGAGGAACUUCCAAGAGUAGAGGCCCAAAAGUCGGGCAAAGAAGAGCACGUAGAGGAUGACAGAGCACCAACAGAAAUAACCAAUAAGGGAACCAGGAAUGAUCCGAAGGCAGUGGAACCUUUUCAAUUAGAUGAUUCUGCUUCUCGUACACCAGAAAAGAGAGUUCUUAGAGUUACUCGAAGCAGGAAAAAAGACAAACCAUCAUCUGGGAAUGAGCGCCUACCUUUAAAACGACGUCUCAUUCAUGAUGAAGGUGAGGCAUCUCUGACCCAACCUUCAGACAAGGCACUCACAGGAGCGGAACCUUUCAUACCAAGAAUGUCGACCAGAUUGGCUGAGAAAAGAAAAGCAUUCGAAAGCAAGAGAGAAGCCGACACAUAUAAGCUAGAAUGUACUGCAGCGGAUCUUCGUGAGGAAGACCAAGAAGAGCCCGUGGAAGCUUCAGAAUUCGAGGGGUUGCAGAACACCAGUUCUUUGAAAGAGCCAACUGGAAGGGACGACAGCAGAUUACAUUUCAACGAUUUCGACCAUCAAAGCCCAGCCAUUGAUGAUAUGAUCAAUACUCUACUUCCAAAUUACGCCUCAUCACAACAGGCUAACUUAUCUCAACAAACGAACAGAGAGAGUGCCUUGCCCUCAAGGUCGAACUCAUUUUUUAUCAAACCGACGUUGGCCCCACAACCCACUCAGGGAGUUCUAGGUAGCUACUCUCGACCAUAUCUCCCUUCACAUUGUGCAUCUGAAGCCCUCCAGCCGGUACCAGAUGCUCCAGAUAACUCUGAUUUAUUUUCAUCAGUGCAUCGUUUGGCAAGUUCACAAGACCACUUGACUGGGACUGUGACGGUUGAAUCAUCCUCACAGGGGUUGGCAACUUAUCUACCUCCGACCAACAACCCUGAGAAGAAGAAAAGAAGCUUUAAGGAUCUGGUCAACCAGAUGCUCAACGGUAACUGAUUCUGAGUUAGAAUUGUAUAUUACUUCCAGAGAAGACAGUUCUUGUACAUUAUGAAAUGGCGAACGUUUCAUUCGCCAGUUCGUUCUCUGAAAUAAACACGUUAUUCUUGCUAA